AUGGGAGCGGAGUAUCCCACCUUCGCCGACGUCUCCGGGGCCCGCGCCCUCCUCUUCCUCGCCGACUCCACGCCCCCGCCGGCACCGCCUUCGCCUCCUCCCGCUCUCAGGUACUUUCCUCGCCUGCCUCGCGUCAUCCGCUCAUCGCCCCACCGAAUUGCACUUCAUCACCGCAAUUUAACCGAGCCUCCGUUGCGGCGCGCUUCUCCGCAUUGCAGCGACGAGUUCUCCUGCUACUCGGGCUACUCGUCCUCCUACUCCGGCGCGUCGGCGAGGUCGUGCGUCUCCGACUCGGCGCAGCGCGGCCGCCCCGUCGACCCCCUCCGUGUGCUCUCCGUCGUCGCCUCCCUCCGCCGCGUCGACCCUAAGGUGCUCGCCGAGGCCACAAGCGCUUUGUUCCAUACCGACGCAGAGAAGAAGCGGAAGGGCGUGUGGAUCGAGAUCGACAGCGGCGGCGACGAGGAUGACCAGAGCGAGAGGAGCAGCGCCGUGGCCAGCGAGGGGAGCACCGUCACGGCCGCCGCGUCCGCGGGCUCCACAGCCACGUCGGGGAGAUGCCGCCGGGCUCCGCGGGUGGGUUGUGCUGCUGGUGGGACUGGGAAGGGGCCGAGGAGGGCGGACGUGAUCAUGCAGUGGUUUUCACGGCCGCGAGCUGGGCCAGCUACCGAGAAUGACAUCCGCGCCGCCGUCGGUGACAACUCCGGCACGAGCAAGGCGAUACGCUGGUGA